AUGAACCAGCGUAAUACUCCCGCGGACCCCGGUGCGCAUCUGAUGAUGGGCCAUGAAACGAGUACUUCCGAAACCUCGCAUUACGGAGUCACAAAGUUUCCAGUUGUCCUAGCGGGCCCGGGCUCAUCAUAUUAUACCCGAGCGGCAUCGCCCGCAGGAAAUGCGCCCAUCAAUCAUGCACAGAUGAACCUAGUGACCCUAGCUACACGGGGUACCCUAGUCAAGGAGCAUAUCGCAGGAUUCGACGCCUUAUCAUACAGCCCGCCAGCCCUGCCCGCCCUACAGGAUUGGAUUGACAUUGCAUCCGCACCAGCCCUUCUAUGUAGUUCAUCCUAUGCACAACACGACCAUCCUCUGCCCGGCAUCCUAGCGACCUCAGUCCCACUCACGCCCAGAAUUAAUCAUGCUACGCUACUAACUUACUCUACUCCGGUAACGCCGCUCUCGCACCACAGUCCUGUGGUCCACCCUGUCAAACAGUCUCUAGGCACCCGCAUUUCCAUGCUCGGCGCAGACGAAUUGCAGAAGUACUGGAACCGAACUGGACCAGUUGAAGCCAUUGCUAGCCCCCAUUCUAGAGUUGCCACCUUGACCUGCCACCUCCACCUCCAGGCUUCAGCCUUAGCUCAGCCUCUGUGGCGGUACGGAGGUAAGUUCGCCCCGAAGCAAUUUGUCAGAGGAUGA